ACGACGCGACUCAAACACACAGUCACCUCCAUCUUCUCACGUCGUCGGCUCCUCAAGCUCUCCCCUGCUCGCCACCGUAUGCCGUCGCCCCUGUCAAACCACCAACCGGAGACCUAGCACCCCACAGAUAUAGGAUGCUGAUUCUUCUCACUUUAAGCAGGUGGAGAUGAAGAAUUAAGUAGAGUAAUUUGGCUUCUGCAAGUUUUAUGUCUGCAGUCGUGGGUUGUACUUAAUUCAGACAUAUCAACAGAAUAGGACAUUUUUAAAUCUCUUCAAGAUCAUCAUCUGUUAACACUCCCGGCCAACAUUUGAAAUGUCUGCAAAUCUCUUUAAUGGGUCUCUUCAUUUCCAUUCGGGUACCACAACCCAUAUGAACUUUACUCACAUUUCAGCCCUAAAUUACAGAUUCAGUCAUCAAUUUCGUCAUAAGAAACUGAAACCUACCAGUACCAGAGACACUGUAAUCUGCAGUUCAACAAUUCGGCCCAAGAGAAACUCCAAGUCUGUGGAAAACACAGAGGCUCAUGAUUUAGUACGAAUGCUAUUGAGAAAUUCCAACAAUGACAAGUCAUUGCUUUCGACACUAAACAAGUAUGUCAAGUUAGUGAGGACUGAACACUGUUUCCUUCUGUUCGAGGAGCUUGGCAAAUCUGAAAAAUGGCUUCAAUGCCUUGAGGUGUUUAGAUGGAUGCAAAAACAGCGUUGGUAUGUAGCAGAUAAUGGAGUAUAUUCAAAACUAAUAUCAGUAAUGGGGAAAAAGGGUCAAACCCGAAUGGCAAUGUGGCUCUUCUCAGAGAUGCGAAACAGUGGGUGCCGACCUGAUACAUCUGUAUACAAUUCACUCAUCACAGCCCAUCUUCACUCCAAGGAUAAACCCAAGGCUUUAUCUAAAGCUCUUGGAUACUUUGAUAAAAUGAAAGGUACAGAACGCUGCAAACCAAGUAUUGUAACAUACAACAUUCUUCUAAGAGCAUCAGCUCAAGCGAAAAACAUUGUUCAAGUAGAAACUCUGUUUAAAGAUCUUGAAGAAAGCAUUUGCACUCCCGAUAUUUUCACAUUCAAUGGUGUGAUGGAUGCUUAUGGGAAAAACGGGAUGAUAAACGAAAUGGAAAGGGUACUUGCUCGUAUGAAAAGUAAUCAGAUAAAACCCGACAUCAUUACUUAUAACCUGUUGAUUGAUUCGUAUGGAAGAAAACAAGAAUUUGAAAAGAUGGAACAGGUGUUUAAAAGCUUGUUGAGGUCAAAAGAGAGACCUACUGUUUCCACUUUCAAUUCAAUGAUAACAAAUUACGGGAAAGCAAGGCUUCGUGAUAAAGCAGAAUUGGUUUUUGAGAAGAUAACAGAUAUGGGAUACGCCCCAAAUUUCAUUACUUAUGAAUGCAUGAUUAUGAUGUAUGGAUGUUGUGAUUGUGUUUCAAAGGCAAGGGGGAUAUAUGAUAAGAUGAUAGAGUCUGAAAAGCAAGUGAAGGUUUCGAGUUUGAAUGCGAUGCUAAAUGUUUACUGUGUGAAUGGGUUACCUUUGGAAGCAGAUAAGCUGUUUGAGAGUGCUUCUAAUAGUGGGGUUAUUCCUGUAGAUUCUUCAACGUAUAAACUUUUGUAUAAAUCCUACACGAAAUCCAACAUGAAGGAGUUGUUGCAAAAACUAUUGAAGCAUAUGGAUAGAGAUGGGAUUGUUCCAAAUAAAAGAUUCUUUCUAGAUGCUUUAGGGGCGCUUGGGUCUUCAAGAGGUGAAUCUAAACCUGAGUAUAUUGGUUCUAAAGUUAGAUUUAAUAGGUCAGCACCUGCAACAACGGGUCCCACAUCCAACAUGGGGAGUUAAAUGAGUUUGUGUAGAGUGAGGAAGGUGAUUCUGCUAAAAGUUUUCAAAGAAACUGCAGAGCAUAGUCAAGUAAAGGUGAUCAAGGUGUUUUAAUCAAAUUGCAGAAACCCUUAUAAAAAGGGGAAUGACCAUGUUUGAAUCUGUUUAGGAAAUCAUGAGGUCCUGAUAAUUGAAACAGAAACCCUUUUAUGAGGGCAUGUUAGAGUAUCAUGUGUACUCAUGCCAUGUUGGCAAUGUAGGGCGUUUAAGUGAGUCAAAGAAAGUCAAUUGUGUUAAGUUGUUAGCGCGUAGUAUAAAUAGUUCCUCUUUGUGUAAUUCUUUAAAAGAAUCUGAUGCAUAAAAAGUUGUUUGCCUUGGUGAA